AUGUGCAUUCGCGAUUUCUUACAUUGGUUGUCAUCUGCCGUAGCAGACCUCCUGAUCUACGUAAACAUUGCCGAUGAUGAUAUUAAUAUCAAUGAAUAUAAUGAUAAAUAUCAUAAAGAUAAGGGAAGAGAAAAUUCAUUCUCACCUGGCAAGUUGUACAAUCUAACUCAAACAAGGUUUAAGCAUGGACAAUUAGUGUCGAUGGAUGCUGAAUAUAAAAAAGCAUUUAGAAAAGAGGUACUUCGAGCAGCCAAACAAUUGGCACACAAAAAUCACCACCUGUUAGUAAAUGAGAACAAAAGCUGGCUCUACCAAAAAGACUUUGUUGAACUUACUAUCCUUUCUGCUCUUAAGAAACGUAUUAAUAAAAGCCUCGAAUAUCUUGAUGAAGAAGUAGUUCGA